AUGGCUAAGCGGAAGGAGAGUGGCCCUGAGGAGGGACGUAUGAGCACAGAGCAGGAUGAUAAAAAAGCACAGUUGGUGUUUUUCAAAAAGAAAGUCAUAGGGGAAAUCUACAGAAGCUGGGGGACUGAAACUUCUUGUCCCAGGUUUGCGGAUUCCCCUUUUCUGUUCCCUCCUGGAAACAGUGGAGUUCACUUGGAUUAUGCCCCCACCUGGAGUUUUCAGGGAACUAAAUUGAUUCCCUCCAAGUCACCAGAAGUUCCCCAGGAAGCCUGCAGCUGCUUUCGGUGCUGGCUGCCUGAUGGUCUCUCUGGCCCUGCAAAGUCUGAGGUACAUCCAGGCCUGCACGUUCCCCUGAACACAGCACAGAUGGCAAAGACUCACCAUGGAGAUGCCUUUGUACCCACCUGUUUUGUCACCCUGGUCUGUCUGCAUCUCCUGCCUGCUGGCUUCUGUAAAAUUGGGAAUGAUGAUUUUAAGGUUCUUGGGCCCGACUGCCCUAUCCUGGCCACAGUAGGGGAAGUCGCUGAGUUGUGGUGCAGCCUGUCGCCCAACAUCAGCGCCAAGGACAUGGAGCUGAGGUGGUACCGGGGCCAUCCCUCCAAGGCUGUGCAGGUACACAGGAAGGGACAAGACCUGCCUGAGGACCAGAUGCCAGGCUACCGGGACAGGACGGCCUUUCUGACAGACCACAUCGCUAUGGGCAAGGCUGCUGUGAGGAUCCACAAUGUCACAAUAUUUGAUAAUGGGACAUACUGCUGCCUCUUCAGGGAAGGCAAUUCAUCUGGCCAGGCUGCCCUGCAGCUGCAGGUGGCAGGGCUGGGCUCUGAGCCCACAAUCGAAGUGAUGGAGGACCAGCAUGGAGGUGUCAGGGCGGAGUGCACCUCAGAGGGCUGGUACCCGGAGCCCCGGGUGGAGUGGACAGACUCCACGGGGAAGGCAAUAGUUUCUGUGCCAAACCUCUCAGCCUCCAACACCACUGGCCUCUGGGCUGUGGUAUCCAGUGUGACCAUUGAGGACCGGACUGUGGAGAGUAUCUCCUGCUCCAUCUCCAGCCCCCUCCUCCCUGAGAGGAAGGUGGCCAAGUACAACCUACACUGUUUCUUCUUCAGAAGAUCUUCAAUGACAGCAUGGAUAGUAGCUAUGUGUCUGAUCUUUGCUCCAGUGGGACUCACAAUAGCUUUGAUGACCUAUAUCUUCUGGAAACAUUAAAGGAAAAGGAACAGAGAAUCUCUGGGAAAAAAGAGCGAAGGGAAGAGGAACAGAGACAGCAAGCCAUCCAGUGGGAAUAGAGUCCAGUCACACCCUGGUGGGCAGGUCUCCAUAACAGAGCACAUGCUCUCAUCCUCAUCUGGAACCCUGAGGCAAAGCCCUAAGCCCAGCUUUAUUCUGUGUGUUCUCAGACACAAUAGUGAUGAAAUGUUCACUGGGGACCUCAGCUGUGGGGCUGCCCGAUUACCACCUAGGUGGUGAAGACCAUCCAUCUCUUAGUGAUCUCUGGGUUAUUCUUCACUACACGAUUCUGGGCAGGCUUGUUGGUCCCACUCUUGGAAACAGAUCUGAGCUUGAACCCUAUGUCCAAUGGGUGCUCAUUGAGGAACCUGGCUGUGAACCCUGAGUUGCGCGUCUGCUGGAGUUGUUAACACUGUCUUGAAAAAUCACUGCAGCAACCACUCCAAUAGCGCUCACUGCAGAGCCACUGCUUGGGGAG